AUGAGUGCUGAGUUUUGUGCUGCUGCGGCCAUGGAGCUCGGAGUCGGGGAUGUGAUGGGGAUGCAGCAAGGCAUCGCCAUCACCGCGCCAUCACCCAGGGACAGCUGCGACCUGGGUCUUCUCAAGCGAGCAGCCCUCACCAAGGCAGCGGCGGCUGCUGUUGCUGGCCCCUACCCCUCCCCAUUCCUCGACGAACAGAAGAUGCUCAGGUUCUCCAAGGCGGCUCACACAUUGCCCUCAGGCUUGGUUUUUGGAGGCCCAAGCGAGCAGGCUUUCCUGCUGUCCAGGACCAAGAGGCCAUUUACUCCCUCGCAGUGGAUGGAGCUGGAGCACCAGGCUCUGAUAUACAAGUAUCUCAAUGCAAAGGCCCCCAUACCUUCCAGCCUGCUCAUUUCAAUCAGCAAGAACUUCAGAUCAUCCAAUAGAGUGAGCUGGAGGCCUCUCUAUCAAGGCUACACAAAUGCAGACUCUGACCCAGAGCCUGGAAGAUGCCGACGAACAGAUGGAAAGAAGUGGCGAUGCUCCAAGGAGGCAAUGGCUGAUCACAAGUACUGUGAGCGGCACAUCAACAGAAACCGUCACCGUUCAAGAAAGCCUGUGGAAAACCAACCCAAAAAGACCACCAAGGAGGUGGCUGCUGCUGCUGGCUCAGUGCCAUGUGCUGGGCCACAAGGUAGCUUGAAGAAGGCAAAAGUUAAUGACUCCAAGCCAGGCACUAUCAGCUAUUGGACAGAUAGUUUAAACAGGACAAUGUUGAGCAGAGAGAAAGCAAACCAACCGAUGGAAGACAACUCUUUGCUGCAUAAUUCUACGAAUAGCCAACCCACCUUGUCCCUGCUCUCUCAACUGAAGCAGCAGAACAAACCAGAUAAGUUAGGUCCCACACUGGAAAAUGAGUCGGACACAAUAUUGAAAACCUGGGGAGGCAACCAGCCUAGCCAUAAGAGCAUUUCCUCCACACAGCGCCAUGAUGCUGACUCCCUCCAAUCAGUCCUUCAAAAUUUCAGCCUAGCCCAGAAUGAGAAGAUGGAGUCAGAAAAGAACAAAUAUUCUGAUUCGAUGCUAGUUUCAUCGACUUUCUAUUCUGCAGACAGUCCACGAAGUACCUGCCUUACACCUAACAUGACACAAGUGCAGCAGGAUUGCAUAUCAAGCUCUUGGGAGAUGCCUCAAGGUGGACCUCUAGGCGAGAUCUUAACAAACUCCAAGAAUAGUGAGGACUUAAGCAAGUGUGAAUCAAGGUCAUAUGGUUGGCUAUUGAAUCUUGACCAUGUACCAUGA